AUGUCCGGGAAACGGAAGCGAGUGGUGUUGACCAUUAAAGAUAAGCUUGAUAUCAUCAAGAAACUCGAAGACGGAGGCUCCUCCAAGCAGCUGGCAGUCAUCUAUGGCAUUGGCGAGACCACGGUGAGGGACAUAAGGAAAAACAAGGAGAAAAUUAUAACCUACGCGAGCAGUUCCGACUCCACGAGCCUCCUGGCCAAAAGGAAAUCCAUGAAGCCGUCCAUGUACGAGGAGCUGGACCGAGCGAUGCUGGAGUGGUUCAACCAGCAAAGGGCCAAAGGGAAUCCCGUGUCUGGGCCCAUUUGUGCAAAGAGGGCCGAGUUCUUCUUUUACGCCUUAGGGAUGGAUGGCGAUUUUAACCCCUCUGCCGGCUGGCUGACCCGCUUUAAGCAGCGGCACAGCAUUCGGGAAAUUAACAUUAGGAACGAAAGGUUACACGGAGACGAGACAGCCGUGGAAGAUUUUUGUAACAACUUUCGAGACUUCAUCGAACGGGAGAAUCUGCAGCCCGAACAGAUCUACAACGCGGAUGAAACGGGGCUCUUUUGGAAAUGCCUGCCUUCCAGGACUUCGGUCGUCAAAGGUAAACGCACUGUCUUUGGGCACAAGUCAGCCGAAGAAAGAGUCACCAUCAUGUGUUGUGCCAAUGCAACGGGUUUACACAAACUCAAACUUUGUGUUGUGGGGAAGCCAAAGAAGCCUUGCUCCUUCAAGUCAGCCGACACCUCGAACCUGCCAGUCUCUUAUUUCAGCCAGAAAGGUGCAUGGAUGGAUCUUUCCAUUUUCCGGCAGUGGUUUGACAAGAUCUUCGUGCCACAAGUUCGAGAGCACUUGCGCUCCAGGGGCCUGCAGGAAAAGGCUGUGCUCUUGUUGAAUAACUCGCCAACACAUCCCAAUGAAAAUGUCCUUAGGUCGGAUGAUGGCCAAAUAUUUGCUAAAUACUUACCACCGAAUGUGGCUUCCCUGAUUCAGCCCUCCAACCAGGGCGUCAUAGCAACCAUGAAGACAAACUAUCGUGCAGGUCUUCUCCAGAGCAACUUGGAAGAAGGCAAUGACCUGAAGUCAUUCUGGAAAAAGCUGACUCUCCUGGAUGCACUGUAUGAAGUAGCAAUGGCUUGGAAUUUAGUGAAGCCAAUUACCAUUAGCCGAGCAUGGAAGAAGAUUCUCCCUACCAUAGAGGAGAGAGAAGGCUUGGACUUUGAUGAAGAAGAUAUUUCGCUGGCUACUGUGGCCACCAUCUUACAACACACCAAAGGAUUGGAAAAUGUGACUACUGAAAACAUUGAGAAAUGGCUUGAAGUGGACAGUACUGAACCAGGUUAUGAAGUGUUAACUGACAGUGAAAUCAUCAGAAGAGCCCAAGGCCAGACAGAGGAAUCGAGUGAAAAUGAGGAGGAGGCAAUAGACCUAAUUCCAGAGAAACAUAUCAAUCAUGUAGCUGCUCUCCAGUGGACUGAAAACUUAUUGGAUUAUCUAGAACAGCAAAGUGAUAUAAUUCUGCCUGAUAAACUGGUGAUACGUAAACUUAGAGCCACCAUCAGAAAUAAAAAGAAGAUGAGCAACUCAAGCCAAUAA